CUCUUCGAGUCUUCGAUAGUAGUAGUAACAGCUUGGCAGUGUUUUCAUGUUUUUGUGAACACCGUUCACCGGAUCAUUAUCACUACCGUUAACGUUUACCUACGAAACACACUUGUUCGUUCGUUAUGUUCAAAUUCAACGGCCGUUUUGCCGAUGAAAAAUUCACUCGUUUUGCGAAUUAAUUUGGAUUUUUAUUCGUGGAACUGUGCUACAAAGUGUCGUCAUUCGUGACCGGUAAUAUGUUAAAAUUUUAGAAAAAUUUCUCAUUUUGUUUGUUCGUGAAUGUGCUCGUGAAUUUACUGGUGUGGUGCGAAAAUGGCCAGUGCUAAAACCGUCGGAAUUGACGAUUUCGUCUUGCUAGAUGAAAUUACCAUCGAGAAGUUCUUGGAAAAUCUAAGCCUGAGGUUCAGAGCCGGUUUAAUAUACACUUAUAUUGGAGAAGUAUGCGUCUCUGUGAAUCCUUAUCGGACACUGAAUAUUUAUGGACAAGACUAUGUAAACAAAUACAAAGAUCGCGAACUGUUCGAGAACCCUGCCCAUAUAUUUGCGAUAGCUGAUCACGCUCACCGAUGUAUGAAACAACGAGGACAAGAUUCGUGCGUGGUAAUCAGCGGCGAAUCCGGCAGUGGGAAAACAGAAGCAUCUAAAAUUAUCAUGAAAUAUAUCGCAGCUGUUACGAACAUCGGUGGCAGACAAGAAAUUGAAAGGGUGAAGAACAUUUUAAUCCAAUCGAACACAAUUUUGGAAUCGUUCGGAAAUGCGAAAACAACUCGUAACGACAACUCUUCGCGUUUUGGAAAAUACAUGGACAUCAAUUUUGACUUCAAAGGAGACCCGAUCGGAGGUCACGUGAAUAACUAUUUGCUUGAGAAAUCGCGAGUUAUAAUGCAACAAAGUGGCGAACGGAAUUUCCACAGUUUUUAUCAGGCUCUAUCCGCAUGUAACGAAGAAGAUUUAAGAAAUUUAUCGCUGCAAAAUAACACUUCGAAGUACAACUAUACGAAACACGGCAACGUUAAUACGUUCCCCGACGACAGAUCUCAAUAUCGAGCAACGGUAUCGGCCUGUCGUACUUUAGGUUUUUCUAGUCGCGAAAUUGAAACUUUAUGGCAUGUUGUCGGAGCUGUUCUUCACUUGGGUAAUGUUACAUUCGCGACGCAAGAAGAUCACGUUGAUAUUACCGACUUGAAUUCAGCUAAUAAGACCGCUGAUUUAUUGCAAGUCGACAGGCAAGAGUUGAGGCGUACAUUGUGCGAACGAGUUAUCGCUGCUCGCGGAGAAAUUAUGCAAAAAACGCAUACGUUGACGGAAGCAGAAUACGGUAGAGAUGCGCUAGCCAAGGCUGUCUAUGAUAGAUUAUUCACGUGGAUUGUGAGCAAAGUCAAUGCCGCCAUUGAUCCGCAGUUGAAUGGUACCAGAUAUAAAGGUACCGUCAUCGGAGUACUCGAUAUUUAUGGUUUCGAAAUAUUCGACAAGAAUAGCUUCGAACAGUUCUGCAUCAAUUACUGCAACGAAAAAUUACAACAGUUGUUUAUCGAACUCGUAUUAAAACAAGAACAAGAAGAAUACCGUCAAGAAGGCAUCGAAUGGCAAAACGUGGAUUUCUUCAACAACCAAAUCAUCUGCGACCUGGUCGAAAGACCUCACCAAGGUGUAUUUGCCAUCAUGGACGAAGCUUGCCUGAACGUAGGAAAAGUCACAGACGAAAUGUUGUUGGACGCCAUGGAUAAAAAACUUAGCCACCAUCAGCAUUACUCCAGUCGCCAAUUGAAACCUCUAGAUAAGCAAAUGAGUCACAAAACGCAAUUCCGAAUUAGACAUUAUGCCGGUGACGUUGUUUACAAUAUUCAUGGCUUUUUAGAAAAAAAUCGCGAUACUCUGUUUCAAGAUUUCAAACGGUUGUUGUAUUCUUCGAAAUCGCCUGUUAUUAGUGACAUGUGGCCUGAAGGCGCGUCAGAUAUUACACAGAUUACCAAAAGACCAUUGACAGCUGGUACGCUGUUUAAAAAUUCCAUGAUCGCUCUGGUUAAAACUUUAUCGAGUAAAGUUCCAUAUUACGUUAGAUGUAUCAAACCGAACGAAGAAAAAUCACCGGCUAGUCUAGACGAAGAACGUGUAUCGCAUCAGAUUCGAUAUUUAGGAUUGGUAGAAAAUGUACGAGUUCGAAGAGCCGGAUUUGCGCAUAGACAACCUUACGAUAGGUUUUUGAAAAGGUAUAAAAUGAUUAGCGAGUUCACGUGGCCGAAUUUCAGAAGUGGCUCACCCAAAGAAGGCACCAGAGUAUUGAUAGAAGAGAAGGGUUUCGAUAAUGAUGUGAAAUAUGGAAAAACAAAAAUUUUCAUUCGAUCGCCCACGACUCUGUUUGCAUUGGAAAAAAUGCGUGAAGAUUUGAUCCCCGGUAUUGUUACGCUGCUGCAAAAACAAUGGAGAGGCACAAUGUGCAGGCAACGUUUCCGUAAAAUGAAAGCACUAAUGGCUAUAAUGUAUCAUUACAGGCAAUAUAAGAUUAGACAGUAUAUUACUCAGCUGUCAAUAACAUUCAGAAAUGCCAAACACAUGAGAGAUUUCGGUAAAAACUUGCCAUGGCCAACCGGUUCAUACGCUGUGAAAUCUUGCGUCGCGAUGUUACACAAUAUCUUUGAUCGUUGGCGAGCUUACAUGAUCCUUAGCCCAUUCCCAAGAACAGAAUGGCCUCAGUUGAGAACAAAAAUUUCGGCUGCCAGCGCAUUAAAAGGAAAACGUUCGAAUUGGGGAUCGCAACGCAGUUGGCUAGGAGAUUAUUUGAGUUUAUCAACGGAACACGACGAAGCCACCAAAUAUACCGCAUCGAUACGAAUACUUCAACGAGAUGAACGAUUCAAUAAGGUCAUGUUCUCUUCGUUGAUUAGAAAAACAAAUAAAUUCAAUAAAUGUGCCGAUCGAGCCCUACUUGUCACCGAUACCGCUAUUUAUAAAUUAGACACAGUCAAAUUCAAACCGAUGAAAAAAGGAAUGCCUAUACAAGAGGUCACCGGUCUGAGUGUAAGCCCUGGUAGAGAUCAGCUCCUCGUCAUACAUUCGAACAAAGGCAACGAUUUAAUAAUAACGUUGAUGACCAAAAACAACGAAGACAGAGUUGGUGAAUUAGUCGGAGUAUUGACUUCCAGAUAUCAUCAACUUCGAGGUACCGAUUUACCAGUUCAGGUAUCUACCAGAUUCCCUUGCAUGUUGGGUAACAAAUCACGUCAACUGAGAGUCGAAGUGAGCCCAGAAAUUCAACUCGCCGCUUUCCGAAAAGAUACCAAUAACGGUGGCAUCGUUUAUUUAUUACCGACCAAUUUCGCCGCUAUAUCGCAUCCUCCCCCGCCGAUUAAAGUUUAAUUCGUGUUCCUUCGUCGUAAUUUUCUUCUUCAUCGUGUCCUUUCUUUUUUUGAUAUCGCACAAGUGUAUAUUCUAGGUUCAAUUCAAAUCCAUCUUCAUAAUGUUUUAUUCGAUUCUAGAAGAUGCUUCUGCUUCUAUGUAUUUUAGUGCCAUGUAGAUUUAUAAUUUACGCUUAUUCGUCAUCUUCACGUAAAAAAAAAUUGUGAUUAAUAAUGCAUUUUUCGUUCCAACGAUUCAAUUUUACACAACGAAUAAGAGUCGCACAAUUUUUAUAAUUUUUUUAAAUACGUAUUUCGUUUUAGUAAUUCUUUUUGAGAAAGAGCGGCAGUUUUUUUACCAAAGUUUUCAUUAAUUUUUUUUUUUUUUAAAAUGAUCUCUGAAACCGUCCAGUGAAGUUUAUGUAAAACAUUAACCAUUAUGUAUCAGUUAUCUAUCGUUCAGCUGUACGAAUUUUGUUUCUGUAUCCGAAAAUUGUAAGUUUUUCGAUGUGCGAAUGUUUUUGCUGUAUUUUGGUAUUUUUUUAAAUUUUUUAUGUGUUAUGUAGUUGAGUGAUUUGAUUGUUAACAGUUGUUUGGUAAAAAAAAAAACAUUUUAAAUGUUUUUUUAAUGUAAUUUGUUCUUUAGGUUUACCUAUGUAUUUAUUUACUUAUGCUAUUUAUGAAAAAAAUAUACAUAUAAAUUAAA